UCACCCUUUAUAAAACGACUCUACCGCCUCCUGUUCUACUCUCUGCUGCUUAAGAGCAAAUCAAAGCUUCACCUAGGCAGCUGCACCUUCCUCAUCGUUAUCAGCCGCCAUGGUGAAGUACUCCAGAGAGCCCGACAACCCCACCAAAUCCUGCAAGGCCAGGGGCUCCGACCUCAGGGUUCAUUUCAAGAACACUAGGGAGACUGCCUUUGCCAUCAGAAAGUUGCCAUUGGUCAAGGCUAAGAGAUAUUUGGAGGAUGUACUUGCCCACAAACAGGCGAUCCCCUUUCGACGCUUCUGCCGUGGUGUGGGUCGGACUGCUCAGGCGAAGAACAGGCAUUCAAAUGGACAAGGACGCUGGCCUGCUAAAUCUGCUAAAUUCAUCCUAGAUUUGCUCAAGAAUGCUGAGAGUAAUGCUGAGGUGAAGGGUCUGGAUGUUGAUGCUCUCCACAUAUCUCACAUCCAGGUGAACCAAGCACAGAAGCAAAGGCGUCGUACCUACCGUGCUCAUGGAAGAAUCAAUCCCUACAUGUCAUCUCCUUGCCAUAUUGAGUUGGUUUUGUCCGAGAAGGAAGAACCUGUCAAGAAAGAGCCUGAGAGCCAGUUGGCGACUAGCAAAUCUAAAAAGUCUCAAGCUCUACGCAGCGGUGCUUCCUCUUGAGUGGCAGUCGUAGAACCAACAGUUGAAACGGUGUCCCCGAAUUUGUUGCUACUACUCUUUUGCCUUUUGAUGGGAGUCUUGUUUAUUGUCAUAUAGAAUGAGCUGUUAUUUAGAUGAUUUGAAUGACUUUUUUUUCCCUUUCAAACUCUAUUUAGUUCAAUCGUCAUUGAGAUUUUUCUUGGA